UCAGGGCCAUCCUAGGAACGUUGGGUCUCUCUCUUAACACUCGACUACUUAAAAAGGGAAAAUAAGAUCUCGCGCCACAGAAUAAGACAGAACUACGUCCAAGACAGCAGUCCCUAAGAUCUUAUUGGUGGAAAGCAUUCAUGGAAACUGCAUUAUGGGGCAGCGCGAUGAAGUCAUUAAGAAGCUUACAGACGUUCUGCCAGAUUAGAUGUUGCUCUCCUAAUCCUACAGAUUACAGUCGCGCAAGCCUGCUGACCGAGUGUGCUUCGUUGUGUUGUACAAUUUCUUUGCAUUGAUCAUUUCUUGUUGCUCCUAACUCUCUGGAAUAUGUAGGCUAUCAAGGAGUAACAGGAUUGAGAGGAGGUUAAGGUGAGACUGUGUAUAGCUCUAGUUGAUAAAACAAGGCACUGGUAAAAUCUAUUGAUGCAACCGGGAUUCAGUCUAGUUAUGGAUGUUUUUAAAUUGGAUUUAACAACAGUUUAGGUGAAUGUUUGGUUUUCAUAAAAACUACAGACUGUCUCUAAUGGAUGAAGGCACAUCUCAGCUGUAACUAGACCGAGCAACUGCUUCCACACUACAGAACCAACCAGCCAGGCAGGCAGUGUUGGGAGAGAUAGGUGGAGAAGGAUCAUCUCUUUGGGAGGCUUUCACAGAUGGUGUCCCUUGCUCCCUGUAGUGAGAUGGAGACAGAACCCUGCCCUGGAAUGCAAGAGAAGCGGGUAGUGGAGACCAAUGAGCCAGUGUUGAAGAAGGCCUACACAGGCCCUGGUGACAAUGAAAGUCAGGAGGAGAAGGAACUGUCCCAUGGGCUUCAGCAGGAAGACAAGGAACCCCAUGGGGAGGGAGACCCCAGAAUAGAUAGCCAGGGUGGAGGGAAGGAGGGCACUACGUUAAACCAGCUCCCUAUGUCUGAGAUUACAGAGAUCCCCUGUGUGGAAGAGAGGAAGCUGAAGAACCCCAGUUUUGUGAAGACAGUGCGGUUCAGUGAGACAGAGUCUGUGGAGGACAGAGAGAACUCUGAGGAGGUUCUCUUCCCAGACCAUGAUAUGGUUCAGUGGACCUCCUCCAGCUUCGAGGAGCUGUUCCUGGCUGAGGACUGGGAGAACAUCACAGAUGAUCGGCUGUUGAGGAAGAAGGUGCUGGUACCUGGCCCACAGCAAGCUGAGCACCCAGCCUGGGGUCAGGAGGUCACAGUAAAAAUGCAGGGAGUGCUGGAGGACAGGACUGUGGUGGAGAAGGACCCUAAACUGGUGUUCGUCAUUGGAGAGGGAGAUGUAAACCAGGCCCUGGAGGAGUGUGCCAUAGCCAUGCAGCAGGACGAGAUCGCAUUACUGCUGGCAGAUUCACAGUACACCUAUGGACUUCUGGGAAGGGAGACAGAUAUUCCAGCCUGGGCCCCCUUACUCUACCAGCUGCAGCUCCUGGACAUCAGAGAGAAGCCCGACCCUCUGAUUCUCCCCAUUUCGGACCGUAUGCGCAUCGGAAACCAGAAACGAGAGCGUGGGAACUUCCACUUCCAGAGGGAGGAGUACAGCAUGGCUGCCAGGGCCUACUGGAUGGCUCUUGAUGUCCUUACUACACAAACUAGAGAUGGUAGUAGUGAUGUGCUGUUGGAGGGGGAGGAGGAGGAGGUGCAGGACUACCGGGUGAAGUGUCUGAACAACCUGGCAGCAGCUCAGCUCAAAUUGGAGCAGUACGAUGACGCACUACACACCAGCCGGGAUGUUCUGUCCCUUGAUCCACAAAACGUCAAAGCCCUCUUCAGGACAGGAAAGCUUCUGUCAGACAAGAGCGAGUACCAGGAGGCAAUGGAGAUACUGAAGAAGGCCCUGAAACUGGAGCCGUCCACUAAGGCCAUCCAUGUUGAGUUGUCCAAGCUAGUGAAAAGGCAAUCAGGAGGCAACGAUACCCAGAAGUGGCAAGCCAAACCUGCCCAGCUCCUCGGAGACAAUAUUGCCCCAUUUCUGACUCCUUCUAAAAAGAAGCCACCUGGAAUUUCAUGGACGUUCCUGCUUGGUGCUCUGGUGGUGGCCUUGGGCAGUUUAGUGACGUCAGUGGUUCUCACUGCAAGAAACUGACAUCCUCUACAAAGGAACUGUCCUCUACACAAGUCCAGCUCAUGAAUACUAAACUGAGUUGUCUACUGUGAAUAAAAUAAAGAUUGCACUGAACAAUAAAAAAAAACCUGUAUCAAUGUCCACUGACAUGCUGUAGAGCACUGACAUUUACACCCCAGAUUGUGUUUGAAUGUAACAGAGUAAACUAAUGUCACUUUUAUUUUUUUGAACAAUGAACACAAAAUAGCUUUGUGUUGUAAUCAUUUAGUACAGUUAUUAGCUGAUAAAUGUCACCAAUUCCAUAGAAAAAUGCCCAAAUUCCAAAACUCUUUCUGGAAUAGUCACAUGGUCAAUGUUCCUCCACAAAAGAUUGAAGAGAGCAGUAUUCUCGUGUUACAGCUUUUAAAUGUAUUGUAUGGGGUUUCUGCAAUAAUAGGUUGCGUCCAAAUGAAUAAUCUAUGUCAAUGGAAAAUCUAAUAAAAACAAUUGUAGGCCUACUGUCCGUUGAUACAGAAACAACAUCAAUAAAGCUGCAUACUGUCAUA